UGACAGUGUUGCAGUAUCUGCUCAGAAUUAGUCACAGCGUCGGUUCCUCGGGGCAGCCCUCCAUUGGUCCACCCGUCUUGUUUGGGGGAAUCAACGGGAGGAGAUGCUGAUGGACGCCCCCAUGUCACCCGGAGUUUACACAUCUGGAAUCCUCCGAUGAGCCAACCCCACCUGCCACCUCUGCCUGUGCGGAAUGCGGAUCGGAGCGAUCUGAUCUGAGACAGGAGGGAAUCCUGGGAUCCUCCCGCCAGCUGGAUCCGCUCUGCUGAUUCUUGCAUUCAUGUGGGAUCAGGUUUACAACUGGGAAAUGUCAUGGGAACAGUUAUCCAAGUCGGAUAAACAUUUAAGGAAACUCGGGAGAAGGCUUUCCUCGGUGGCGACGUCCCGUUGGCUCGACCGGCCGAAGCAAGACGGCAUGAGGGGGGCGGACGUGCUUUUUCCCAGAAACUCGUAGUUUACACUAAAAUGGAGUGAGGACAUUCGUCCGGAUUUUUCUUCCCGUCCACGUUUUUUUUUUUGGCGUUUUUGGAAAAAUACGAGAACGAGAUCAGAACAGAGGUCGUCCACCUGCGACUGGACCCGCGGCGUGAGUCGGCUCCGAUGGGGGCCGGUGGCGACCCGGUCUGACCCCGGUUUGACCUUGCUGUGACCUCUGACCUCCUCCGGUCCUGGCUCUCCAUCUGCUCUGCUGCCUGGGUUCCGGAACGCUCCGCCCUGGGGCCCAGAACGAGCCAAUCAGGAUGAAGAAGAGCCGCAGCGUGCUGUCUGUGACUGCAGAAGAGGGUAAAGACACAGACAUGACAGGUGCUGGCGAGAAAGCGGAGUCAUCUCGCAUCAGCCGAUCUUACACGUCCGGAGCAACACUCGGGGAUGAGCUGCGCAGAGGGAGGAGCAGGAGACUCUCGUCUAGUCUCCAGGUGCCCUGCUGGCUCCGCCCACGAGACCGCACGCGCUCACCCGAGGUCCUGAGCAACGUGACGCGGCCGACGACCCUCCCCCUCCGCAUCCCGCCGCGCAUCUCCAUCACACAGGCAGACGCCGACGGAUACGAGGCGGAGAAUGGCGUGUCGCCGGGUCACACCCCUCUGGGUUCGCACAGUCCGGGCCUCGCCCUGCACACCCCCUUCGCCCCGGGUCAGAGGAGGGAGUCCUUCCUCUACCGCUCCGACUCGGACUACGACAUGUCGCCCAAGACGGUCUCAAGGAACUCGUCCCUCGCCAGCGAAGGGCACGUGGGAGAGGACUUCAUCGUCACACCUUUUGCUCAAGUGUUGGCCAGUCUGCGAUCAGUGAGGAGCAAUUUCACCAUUCUUGCCAACGUCUCCACACCACCGAUCAAGAGGUCUCCCCUGGCCGGGGUGUGUGUCAGUCCCCGGGCGGCGCUGUCGGACCAGCAGUACCAGCAGCUCGCCCUGGACACGCUGGAGGAGCUGGACUGGUGCUUGGACCAGCUGGAGACCAUCCAGACGCACCGCUCCGUCAGCGAGAUGGCCUCCACCAAGUUCAAGAGGAUGCUGAACAGAGAGCUGUCCCACCUGUCCGAGAUGAGUCGCUCCGGUAACCAGGUGUCCGAGUACAUCUCCAGCACCUUCAUGGACAAGCAGAACGACGUGGAGAUCCCGUCUCCCACCCUGAAGGAGAAGUCCAUGAGUCACAUCAGCGGGGUGAGGAAGCUGUCUCACAGCUCCAGCCUGUCCAGCUCCUCCAUGCCUCGCUUCGGCGUCAACACGGAGCACGAGGACGAGCUCGCCAAGGAGUUGGAGGAUCUGGACAAAUGGAGCUUCAACAUAUUCAGAGUAGCGGAAUUCUCCAACAACAGGCCUCUGAGCUGCAUCAUGUACACCAUCUUCCAGGAGCGAGAGCUGCUGAAGACGUUUCGUAUCCCGGUCGAGACCUUCGUCACCUACGUGAUGACCCUGGAGGACCAUUAUCAUGAAAACAUUCCGUACCACAACAGCCUCCACGCCGCUGAUGUCGCCCAGUCCACACACGUCCUCCUGUCCACACCGGCUCUUGAUGCGGUCUUCACCGACCUGGAGAUCCUCGCCGCUCUGUUCGCCGCGGCGAUCCACGACGUGGAUCACCCCGGCGUGUCCAAUCAGUUCCUCAUCAACACUAACUCCGAGUUGGCCCUCAUGUAUAACGACGAGUCCGUCCUGGAGAACCACCACCUCGCGGUGGGCUUCAAGCUCGUGCACCAGGAAAACUGCGACAUCUUCCAGAACCUCACCAAGCGGCAACGCCAGAGCCUCCGCAAGCUCGUCAUCGAUAUGGUGUUGGCCACAGACAUGUCCAAACACAUGACCCUCCUGGCCGAUCUGAAGACCAUGGUGGAGACCAAGAAGGUGACCAGCUCCGGCGUGCUGCUCCUGGACCACUACACGGAACGGAUACAGGUGCUGAGGAACAUGGUGCACUGCGCGGACCUGAGCAACCCCACCAAGACGCUGGCGAUAUACAGACAGUGGACGGAGAGGAUCAUGGAGGAGUUCUUCCGACAGGGCGACAAGGAGCGAGAGCGAGGGAUGGAGAUCAGCGCCAUGUGCGACAAACACACGGCGUCCGUGGAGAAGAGUCAGGUGGGUUUCAUCGACUACAUCGUCCACCCGCUGUGGGAGACGUGGGCCGACCUGGUGCACCCGGACGCCCAGGAGCUGCUGGACACGCUGGAGGAGAACAGGGAGUGGUACCUGAGCACCAUGCCCCAGUCGCCCUCUCCUCCCCCCGACAGACACCUGCAGCACGACCGCUUCCAGUUCGAACUCACCCUGGAGGACCUGGAGCACAACAACCACAACCACCUGCACCUGAGGAGCAACGGCGGGAGGAGCAGCAGCAGCCGCCAUGACGGGGGGGAGGAACGCACGCAGGGCGGGGUGGAAACCGAGGAGGAGGACGAGGAGAAUCAUAACGGCCGACAUAUCGGAGUCCGAGAGGAUGAGGAUGAGGAGGAGACCGGUGACAGAGAGGAAAAGCAAGAAGAAGAUAAGGAGAACGCAGAGGAGGCGGAAAAUGCAGAAGAGGAGGAGGAGACUGGUGGAGGAGAGGAGGAGGAAGAGGAGGAGGAAGAGACUGGUGGAGGAGAAGAGGAAGAGGAGGAAGAGGAGGAGAACGCAGAGGAGGAAGAGACUGUUGAAAAAGAGGAAGUAGGGGAAGAGAAACAUGGAGAGGAUCAAGUAGAAGAAGAAGAAGAAAAGACCGAUGAAGUGAUCGAUGCAGCGGAGGAAGAGGAGACUAACGAAGACGAGGAAGAGAGUGAGGAAGGAGAUCAACAGCCAGAAGGAGAAGUGGAAGACAAGGAUGCUGCAGAAAAUGAGGAGGCAAAGACUGUGGAAGAUGAAGGUGAGGAAGCUUUGGAAAAGGUAGAUGGGGAAUUAGAAGGCGAAGAGGGAAUCGAAAAUGGGGAGGCAGACGUGGAGGAAAAAGAAGAGGAAGAGGAAGAAGAAGAGGAAGAAGAAGAGGCGGCAGCAAAUCCUGAGGAGAACCUACAACCAGAAGAGGGUGAGACGGACGAGAUGGAGGAGGAAGCUGAGAAAGAGGUCGGAGAACCAGAACAAGAAGAGGAGGCUCCUGUUGAGGAAGAAGCUGGAGACGAGGAGGAAGAAGAUGAAGAGGCAUGUUAGUUUGGCGUAAAUGACCUACCUGACUCCCGUGAACAAAAAGCGAGAGGUUUUUGAAACGGGGCCCGAGAGCGCGACGCGCGCAUCGUGGCGCUCGUCCUCGCCUCUCGGCCCGAAGGCUCGACUGCAGACGCCUGAGACAAAGUCGACGGAGGGACAGCUAGGAGACGUCUUCCUGACCGGCCGGCGGCGAUAGAAAGACUUUUUGCGUCUUCGUCACCGAGUGUCUGUGCAUCCAUCACUGCCGCGGCGGAGGAAACGGAGGAUAAUAAUAAAAGCGCCAUCUCGCUUUCACUGUCUUGUUUGUUAAGAACACAACGACCAACAGCUGUUAUAAAAAAUAAUGAAAAUGUCAACUUCCUGUUUGUCAGAAAAGAGAAAAAAAAAAGUCUGGAAAAUGUCUGUCGUCUUAUAUUUACUACAAAAACGUUGAGAAGGACUUUUGGGCGCUGGUCUGGGAACAGUUUAACCUCCUCGUAAUAACGUUAACCGCCGGACCGCUGCGACAACAUUUGCAGCCGAACUCUAGAGGCCGAACCUGUCGUGUGUCUCGAUGUUUGUUCCCGGGAUUCAUCCCAAACCCCCGAACAGUUUCACCGCUACCAGACUGAGACUCCAAACUGACCCUGAACCAGCACUGAGCGACUCAGCCUUCUUCUAAACGGUGACCUUUGGGGUCACGGGUACAUGAUGCGUGUGACGGUCUUCCACAAAUCCUCCCCCCCCUUUUUUUUUCUUUUCUUUAGUUUUUGUAAAAAUGUAAUUUGGCACUUUAUCUAAAACCCCUGUUUCAUAUGUGUACAUAAUAAACAUGUAUUUUAAUCUCCCGAUGUCAUAUAAUAAAUAUGAUCGAUGAAGCUGA